UGCACGUCGUGCAACCAUCUACGCACCCCUGCCUCGCUAACGCGUCGCACCCUUAAACGGCACACGGUUUAAAAGAACUGGAACCUGCAGUUCAUCCUUGCGUGACUUGAUCCGUUUGGUACCGCCGUUCACCACACCCUCACACCACUUCCACAUCUACAUCAAAGCAAAUCUAUCAAGAUGCCUUCCGCUGCCAUCCUCAAGGUCAAGCAGGCGUACAACGACCGUCUCUGCAAGCUUCUCGAUGAUCACGACCGAGCGUUCCUCGUCCACGCGGACAACGUCGGCUCGCGCCAGUUCAUGGACAUCCGCGCGGCGCUCCGCCCGGUGUCCCACAUUCUCAUGGGCAAGAACACGAUGAUGCGCAAGUGCAUCCGCGAGUACUGCGAACGCAAGGGCGACGACUCCUGGAAUACCCUCGCGGAUAAGCUCAUCGGCAACGUCGGCAUCAUCUUCACCACCGGCGACAUGGCCGAGGUGCGCAAAACGAUCGCCGAGUUCGUCGUCCCCGCGCCCGCCAAGGUGAACGCCAUCGCGCCGUGCGAGGUCGUCAUCCCCGCGGGCCCGACGGGCAUGGAGCCGUCGCAGACGGGCUUCUUCCAGGUGCUCAACAUCGCGACGAAGAUCAACAAGGGCGCGAUCGAGAUUUUGUCCGACUUCAAGUGCGUCGAGGCUGGCGAGAAGGUUACGUCCUCGGCGGCGACGCUCCUCGGCAAGAUGGGAUUCACGCCGUUCACGUACGGCCUCGAGGUGCAAAUGGUGUACGACAAGGGCGCCAUCUUCGACGUGAAGGUUCUGGACAUCUCCGACGACGACAUCACGCAGAUGUUCGGCGCGGGUCUCAAGAACGUCGCCGCCCUGUCGCUCGCGACCGGGUACGCGACCGUCGCCGCGGUGCCUCACGCCAUCAUCAACGGGUACAAGAACGUCCUCGCGAUUUCCAUCGCGACGGAUUACACGUUCGACCUCGCGCAGAAGGUGAAGGACUACCUCGCCAACCCGGGGGCGUUCGGUGGCGGCGGCGGCGGCGGCGGCGGUGGCGGCGCCGCCGCCGCCGCGGCCAAGGCGCCCGAGCCCGAGCCCGAGGAGGAGGAGGAGGAGGAAGCCGCGUUCGACCUCUUCGACUAAACGCCGACGAAGACGAGGCGCCUUUUCUCUCCGUCUUGAUAGAUUCUUAGACGACGUCGAGUUUUGUUUUUUGUAAUGACACGCGAGGUGGUUUGAGGGUUAAAUGAAGUGCGUGUUAAUAACAACGCGCGAAAGAAUCAUAAAGAAUGUAGUCGAGGUCCGCCCGCACCCCGCGCUCCGAAGAGUCUAUCAUAUCUCACCGGUUCACGUUGGUGAUGAAUUUCCCCGCGAGCACGUGCAACGUCUGACAACACGCCGCGAAUAUGAAUAAAUACAGCGCCCCCAUCCAUCGAUCGUCGUAAUCGAUGUCGUACUUAUCCUCCACGUACGCGAGCGUGUCGAUCUGCUCGUAGUACGCCCCGCGGAACGCGGCGAUGUUCGGACAGUCCCCGGCCGGGUACGCGCCCGUGCAUCGUCGGCGUUCAAACUGCGGCGCGACGACGGACAUGAUGGCGAACGACACCGGAUUGAGAUAGUACGCCCACUGCCAGUACACGGGUAUCUGCGGGUACGGUAAAUACAAACCGCCAAAGAGGAACAUGAUCGGAAUGAUCGCGCUCGCGCCGGCUUGCGCGGUCUGAAUCGUCUUACAGACGCACGCGAUGAACUGGCCGAAGGAGAGGAAGCAAUACGCGACGAGAACGUUGACGAGGAUGUGAAAGAAGAACGAUCCCGCGCUGUCCACCAUGCCGACCAUCCAGUACAGCGGCGUGACGGACACGAACGAUAUCGUCACGAUCCACGGGAUCUCGAUCAGCGCGUGCGCGAGCGAGUACGGCACGCCGUCGUACAUGUGCGACGAGCGCUCGCGGUAGGACACGGAUCGCUCCC